AUGGCUAUGGUGAAGUGUAAGUGUAAAGGAGUGAUGGGGGAAUGUGAUGCAAGAUUAGAUGCUAAAGUAGAAGAGUUAAGGAGAGGUGCUAUAUCUACAGGUUUUGAAGAGUCGAUAGGGGAAGAGUUUGACUCUGAAUCAGACGACUCUGUGAACACAGAAGAAGCAUCAAACAUGUUGCAGACGGAGAAAACCCCAAAGCGAUCCUCUGCUGUCAUCCGCAAGGCGCUUGCGGAGAAGGCUGCGGCUGAGGCGUCUAGAAUCCUGCAGCUGGAGUCAGAUAUGGAGGCGGCCAAGCAGCGGGCGAAUGAUGCUGAGACGGCCCGGAAGCAGGCGGAGGAGGCUCAGAAGAAGCCUGCUGAGAGUGCCAAAAAGGCUGAUGAGGCACUCAAGAAGGCCCAGACGGACCUUGGCAAUCUUCAGGGUGUUUUUGAAGAGAACACCAAUCUAAAGACCAAGGUACAAAAACUGGAGAAGGAGGUUGCUCAGGCUCAGAUAAACUUUGCAGCAACCCUGGAGGCGGAGCAAAACCGUCUAGUUGCUGAGAGUGACGCUGAUAAUGACGCCCGGACGCGGAUUAUGGCGUCUGGGCACUGGCUCACAAAAGAAGCAUUAAACAUGUUGCAGACGAAGAAAACCCCAAAGCGACCCUCUGCUGUCAUCCGCAAGGCGCUUGCGGAGAAGGCUGCGGCUGAGGUCAAAUCCAAGGGAGGAGAGGUUGGAAAGUCGUUUGAGAUACAACUCAAACGGGCUAGGGAGGAGACCCCUGCCGCUAUGCUGCGGGUGGACGGGCUCAAACGCCCUUAUUCCCACAAACGGGAAGAGGUAAAAUGGGCCAAGAAGUCCGCCAUAGACGCUGACAAUAUUUCUUUGCACUUAACUAUCGUAAAUGAACUUGAAACUAAAGCAAUCAAUAUGACACAAGCGUCUAGAAUCCAGCAGCUGGAGUCAGAUCUGGAGGCGGCCAUGCAACGGGCGACUGAUGCUGAGAUGGCCCGAAAGGAGGCGGAGGAGGCCAAGAAGAAGGCUGCUGAGAGUGCCAAUAAGGCUGAUGAGGCGCUCAAGAAGCCCCAGACGGACCUUGGCAAUCUUUAG